UCGAUCACGUAGGCCUAGCCUAGAGUGCCGAUCACUUGGCGUUCUAAUUCGACAAUCCAGACUCGCCAUGCUGACGAUCCGAGAAGUCGGUUUCGAAUGAAAACAUAAAUUUGGGAGCUGAAUGAGCAAACUGUCAUUAUUAGAUAAGUGCUGCCGAAGAAGACUCACUGUGAUAAGAUGGCUUUGUGCAUGAAAGGUAUCCUCACUUCUGUUUCUGUGAUUGGAAGGCAGAUCAGGACUCUGAAUUCAACUUCUUCUUUAAAGACAAAGAUAUGGUACAGUACUGCAGCCAAGCCUGCUCCUCAGACAAGCGAGUCCCCUGGGCCAGGUCCAGUGGCCAAGAAGAGCUACAAAUUUGUGAUAGUUGGAGGAGGAACUGGAGGGCUGGCAGCUGCAAGCUUUUUAUCCCGAAAGUUUGGACAAGGUCAUGUUGCAGUGGUUGAACCUGCUGAGCAUCAUUUCUACCAGGCAAUGUGGACAAUGGUUGGUGGAGGGAUCAAAACCAAGGAGCAGUCAAUGCGCACCAUGGCAUCUGUCAUGCCAAAAAAAGUGGACUGGAAGAAGGAUAGAGCUAUUACCUUUGACCCAGAGAACAAUCUAAUAACUACCGAGAGUGGCACCAACCUGGAAUAUGAGUACCUUGUUGUUGCUAUGGGUCUUCAGUUGAACUUUCACGCUCUGAAAGGUCUGACUGAAGCCCUGGCUGAGGACCCUAUGGUAUGCUGCAACUACUCCUAUGACACAGUAGACAAGACUUAUAAGGCUCUGCAGAACUUCAAGUGUGGUAAUGCUAUCUUCACUUUCCCCAAUACCCCGGUUAAAUGUGCAGGAGCCCCACAGAAAGUCAUGUACCUUACAGAGGAUUACUUUAGAAAGAAUGGGAAACGGGAUCAAGCAGAAGUGAUGUACAUCACUCCUCAGGCUGUCAUAUUUGGUCCACCCAAGUAUGCUGCAAGUCUGAGAAAGAUUUGUGAAGAGAGAGACAUCAAGGUGCACUACAAACACACACUGGUCGAGAUCAGACACGAAAAGAGAGAGGCAGACUUCCAAAUUGAGGAUGGUGAAAUCUUAACUUUCCCUUAUGAGAUGAUCCAUGUUCCUCCUCCCAUGGGACCUCCAGAUGUGCUCAAGGCUAGCCCACUGGUUGAUGAAACUGGCUUUCUGACUGUCAACAAGACUACCUGUCAACACAUCAAGUACCCCAAUAUCUUUGGACUUGGUGAUUGCACUGAUAUACCAACGUCCAAGACAGCUGCUGCUGUAGCUGCUCAGACUGGGACUCUGAAGAAAACCAUAUCAUCAGUCAUGCAUGGACAUAAGCCUCAAGCAACUAUCUGUGAGAGGUUGGAGUACUUCUGCACACCGCGGAAUGAACCGUCUGUAGAAAUUGAUCAGCCCGAGGAACUCUCGUAGUUUGGUAAGUGAUGUAGGUAUCAGAAAAUCAUGGAUGAUCUUCACCUUGUCACUAAGCGGCUGUAUUCCUUCUGAGUCAACUUUAUGCCCUAGAAAGGACAGUAAGGGUACUCCGAACUGACACUUAGCGGGGUUGAGAAUGUUUCCAUACUCUUGCAGGCGGUCAAAGAGUAGACGGAGAUGUGUCUCGUGUUCGUCUUUGGUAGUACUAGCAACCAGAAUAUCGUCGAGAUAAACAUAGACGAAAGGAAGACCGCGAGUGACAUCAUCCAUCAAUCUUUGGAAUGUCUGAGCUGCAUUGCGGAGACCAAACAGCAUCCUUACAAACUCAAAUAAUCCAAAAGGCGUGGUUAUAGCUGUCUUGUGGAUAUCGCUAGGCUCGACUGGGAUCUGAUGAUAUGCCCUGAUGAGAUCAAUCUUUGAAAAGAUUGUCUUGCCACUAAGUGACGCAGAGAAAUCUUGCAAAUGAGGAAUAGGGUAUCUAUCAGGAAUAGUACGAGCAUUAAGCAUGCGAUAAUCUCCACAAGGUCGCCAGUCCCCUGGUGUCUUCUUCGGAACCAUGUGCAAGGGACUUGACCAGUUGCUAUCAGAUUGUCUGAUAAUGCCGAGUUCAAGCAUGUGUUCAAACUCUGCCUUGGCAAUCUGCUGCCGAUCCGGAGCAAGCCGACGAGGGCGGGCUGAAGCAGGUGGGCCUCGAGUUUGGAUAUGGUGGGUGGUUGUAUGCUUGACUUCUGAGUGCUUAUAUACUGGCCGGGUGAUGUCAGGAUACUCACAAAGAAGGGAGUGGAAAUGCUCCAAAGUAUCUUGCUUGACAUACACCGGGCUAAUGAUGCCUGUGUAUGUACCAACUCCCUGUACUGUAAGAGUGGUGGUGGUGUCUAUCAGCCGUCGAUGUUUGAUGUCGACUAAUAGUCCAUAAUUAUCAAGGAAAUCGGCUCCCAAGAUAGGUGUAGGUAUGUCCGUGACAACAAAAAUCCAACGAAAAACUCGCCACAACCCAAGAUCAAGAGUGAAAGAUCUCUGGCCAAAAGUCUGAAUGGGUGACUUGUUAACAGCUUGAAGUUGGAUAUUUGUUGCACUUACCAUUGCCGAUUUUCCUAACAUGGAUUGAGGGAAAAUAUUAACUUCGGCCCCAGUAUCAACAAGAAAACGCGUGCCUGAUUGUUUAUCAUGAACAAAGAAAAGGCGACUGGGUUGAAUGGUGCCAAGUGAAUUAGUCGCCGCUAUUCCUUGGCGGGCCGUUUCCCUGGACAUAUCCAGGGCGGCUUUGUCCUGCUGAGUAUGAGCAAGGACUUAUGCAUUUCUGGGCUAGUUUGCCAUGCUUUCAGUGGUACCAACAUUCAGCCCCAGCAUGUUGUUGAUGCCGACUCGGGCUACGGGAAGCUGAUUGGCGAUGGCCGGAAUUCUUCGGACCUCUCUGUCGACUGCGACUUCUGCGGUCCUCUUGUAGAGAGCAAGUCAAGGCUUGAACCUGAGCAGCCAGUUGAGCUACCUGGGUAGAAAGUCGAUGUACUUCUCCAGAGUCAUUGGGAGUGGCGCAAGCGUAAGUCUGCGCUGGCGCCUCUUUAGGUAAGACAUGAGAAAUAGUAGGCGGACCAGCAACUUCAACAAUUUUGUCGGCUAAUGCCGCCAGCUCAACCAAGCUAACAUCAUCGCUUGUGGAAGCAAGAAUCAGCUGUACAUUGGUUGGCAGGCGUUGCAAAAAUAAUUGCUUCAGUAUACUAGUUUCCAAAGUACUAGAGCCUAAUAAUUGUUGCAUUCUCCCAAGGAGUUGGGAGAGCGACCUAUCGCCUAACUCUUCACUCGUCAGCAAUUUGUUUAGACGCUUUUGCUCAGAGACAGAAGUUCGCUUAACCAGUGCUGCUUUUAGUAUCUUGUACGGCUCUGUUUGGGGAGGGGCAAUUAAAAUAUCGCGCACCUCUAGAGCUACCUCUGGUUGUAAUGAGGCGACAACAUAAGCAAACUUUGUAGACUCAAGUGAUACACCUCUAGUUUGAAACUGAGCCUCAACCUGAGCAAACCAAAUAUCAGGAUCAUGUGCCCAAAAUGGUGGAAGCUUUAAACUAACAUAUGAGACUUGAGGGGAUGGCUCAGAAGCCUCACUAGGUAAUGCAUUGCUAUCGGUAUCAGGCAUGAAAAUGACGAUGACAAGGUAGAUUAGAUCAACAGAAGAAAAAAAAUCUGGAUCACGUCGGGGUCACCAGUUUAGGGAAUUUAAUCACCUAAAUAAAAGAAAUAGAAAUAGAU